CCGUCUAUGUACACUCGUGUAGCAGCAGAGUCUGCUAGCGGGUCUCUUUCUCACUCUUUCUCCAGCUCCUCUCUCUCUCCCCCCUCUCUCUCCGAGCACCAGGAAUCCAUUUAAUCCGUCCACCUCUCUCCUCCAGUCCUACAAAGUACACCAUCUUCUUCCGGCGGCCGCCUUCCUCCCCCUCUCCUCUGGCCUGGCCUCCUCCUAGCUAGGGUCAUCUGCUCCUGCUUCCUCUCUCUCUCUCUCCCCCCCUGAAAUCACAGAUGAAGCACACCAAAAGGCCAUAAAAUAGUGCGUGUGAUCUCCCACACGCACACACAAACACAAGCUCGCCACCCUCCUUCCAUCCAUCCAUCACACAUCUUCUCUGUCAUCAUAUCAUAUGAGCAAGGAUUCUUUCCAACCUACAAUCUUCUUUCCCUGAUAGCUAGCCGGCCAGCUCUUUCUUGGACUCUCUCUUCUUCUUCUCUCCCUACCACCACACCACACCUAACCUUCUCGAGCUAGACCCACACCAGGGAGAGAAGAGGCUGGAGACAUCAAAUCCGUUCCGCUCUCUUCCAAACAACUAACCACUCCACCAUUUACCCGGCUAAAAAAUAUACGCGCCAAGAUAUAUACUUCUAUCUGGUGUAUAUAUACCAUGGCUUAAUUCACCAUGGACGUCGCCGGUGACGGCGGAGGCGGCCGCCGCCCCAACUUCCCCCUGCAGCUCCUCGAGAAGAAGGAGGAGCAGCCAUGCUCCAGCUCGGCUGCGGUGGGUACGUCGGCGGGCGGCAACGGGAAUGGAUCGGGGGCCGCAGGAGGCGGCGAGGUGCAGGUGCGGAAGGCGGCGCCCAAGCGGAGCUCGACCAAGGACCGGCACACCAAGGUGGAAGGCAGGGGCCGGCGCAUCCGGAUGCCGGCGCUGUGCGCGGCGCGGGUGUUCCAGCUGACGCGGGAGCUGGGCCACAAGACGGACGGCGAGACCAUCGAGUGGCUGCUGCAGCAGGCCGAGCCGGCGGUGAUCGCGGCCACCGGCACCGGCACCAUCCCGGCCAACUUCACCUCCCUCAACAUCUCCCUCCGCUCCUCGGGCUCCUCCUUCUCCACCCCGGCUCACCUCCGCGCCGCCUUGCCUAGCCCCGCUGCCGCCGCCCGGUUCGGCCGUGACGCGUGGGACCGGGUUGUCGGCCUGGGCUUCCCUUCGGAGGGCCCGGCCUCGUCGUCAUCGUCGCCGUCCCCGCUGUUGCUUAACUUCCACUCGGGCAGCGUCGGCCUCGACGUGCAGCCGUCGCCGUCCGCCGCCGCCGCCGACAUCUCAAGGAAGAGGCGGUGGGAGCAAGAAAUGCAGCAGCAAGCGCAGGCGCAGCAACAACAGCAGCAGCAGCAGGCGCAGCAAUAUCAGCAGCAGAUGGCGGGGUACACGCAGAGCCAAAUGCCGGGAACCGUGUGGAUGGUGCCGAGCAACAACACGCAGGGUGGGGCUCCUUCCGGCGGCGGCGGCGGCAGCGGUGGAGGAGGCAGUGGCGAGUCCAUCUGGACGUUCCCGCAGAUGGGCAGCGCCGCCGCCGCGGCCGCCGUGUACCGGGGGAGCGUGCCGAGCGGGCUACAUUUCAUGAACUUCCCUGCACCGGUGGCGCUGCUUCCCGGCCAGCAGCUGGGGCUCGGCCCCGUGGGCAGCAGCGGCGGCGCCGGCGCCGGCGGAGGCGGAGGCGAGGGCCACAUGGGGAUCCUCGCCGCCCUCAAUGCGUACCGGACACAGGCAGCGACGGAUCCCGGAGCAGGCCAGGGCGGAGGAAGUGGAGGAGGAGGAGGGUCUGGCCAGCAGCAACACGGCGGCGGCCGCGGCGAGCGGCAGCAUGAGAGCAUGAGCACCAGCGACUCGUAGCCGACAGGGGUCUCCGAGGAUCGCAUGCAUGGCUCUGGUGUGGCUUUGAUCAGUUCUUUGUCUUGGUUUCAUUUUCUUUCCCCUUUCUUUUUUGUGGUUUCCUUCCUCCCUCCUCCUAGCUAGACACCCCUGCGAGGAUUACGCGCUUAGCUCCAUUCCAUGGCAUGCGAUAGGAGAUCAGCCGCCAUCAUCCUAACGUGAGCUGUGCUUGUGGCCUGUGAGUGAGAGAGCGAGGUGUGUGUCAUGCUGGGAAGAAGAGAGCAGGGAAACGCAUGCAGCAGCAGCAGCAGCAGAGAGAUUGUUCAUUUUGUUCUUUAGCUUUAGGGUUUGCAUUGAUCAAGUGCGAGCAGAAGAGAUUUUUAUGAAGCAUGGCACCAUUCAUCUGCCGUGAUGGUUCAAUUUUUUUUUCUCAUCCAACAAUCAGUUCUAGAUGCUAUA